UCCGCGGCGCAGUCGGCCGGCCGAGGCCAUGGUGGAGCCGGCAGACGAGGCGCCGCUGCUCUUCUGGGCCGAGGGCCCCGCGGUCUCCCUGCCGCAGCCCGAGCCGGAGCGGGGCGGCUGGAGCCUGGCCCCGGGGGGCGGCGCGGCGUGGGGCGGCCCCGGGGAGCUGCCGCGGGGGCCGGAGGCGGAGGCGGACCAGAUCGUGGCGGUGUUCGUGGUCACCUUCGAUCCCCGCUCCGGUAACAUGGUGGAAUGGUGUUUGCCCCAAGACAUUGACUUAGAAGGUGUUGAGUUCAAAUCCAUGGCAAGUGGGUCGCACAAAGUCCAGUCGGAUUUCAUUUAUUUCCGGAAAGGGCUCUGCUUCGGCCUGGCCUGCUUUGAAAACAUGCCCGUGGAGAGCGAAUUAGAGCGUGGCGCCCGCAUGAAGUCUGUGGGGAUUCUCUCCCCUUCGUACACCCUGCUCUAUAGAUACAUGCACUUCCUGGAGAACCAGGUCCGACACCAGCUGGAGAUGCCAGGGCAUUACUCCCACCUAGAGGCGUUCUAUGAUGACAAGAAGGGGGUUCUCCCUGCUGGCAAGGGUACCUCCAGCUCUCAGCCACCCGUCCACUGGCUGCCCUCCAUCCACAGAUACAUGUAUCCAGAGAUGAAGAUCACACACCCCGCAGGCUGUAUGUCUCAGUUCAUUAAGUUCUUUGGAGAGCAGAUCCUCAUCCUCUGGAAGUUCGCUCUGCUACGCAAGCGCAUUUUGAUAUUUUCACCACCGCCAGUAGGAGUUGUCUGCUAUAGAGUGUAUUGCUGUUGCUGCCUAGCCAAUGUCUCGCUGCCUGGCAUUGGGGGCACCGUUCCAGAGUCUAAGCCUUUUUUCUAUGUGAAUGUGGCAGACAUAGAAAUGCUGGAGACUGAAGUGUCUUAUGUGGCCUGCACAACGGAAAAGAUCUUUGAGGAGAAGCGAGAUCUCUACGAUGUCUAUGUGGAUAACCAGAAUGUGAAGACGCACCAUGAGCACCUGCAGCCGCUCCUGAAGAUUAACAGUGCUGACAAGGAAAAAUACCGGCGGCUCAAUGACCAGAGGCAGAUGUUGAUGUACUCUCAGGAGGUGGAGGAGGACUGCAGCUCCUGUGAAGAGGACCUCUUUAUCUUGUUUUUCAUGGAGCAGAACAAUCGGAUAUUUCAGACACUAAUGGAGGUGUCAGCCAGCCAGGACAAGACCUUGACAGCUGACCAUGCCCGGGGCAUGGGCCUGGACCCACAAGGUGACCGAAGCUUCCUAAUGGACCUGCUGGAAGUGUAUGGCAUUGAUGUCAUGCUAGUCAUUGAUAACCCCUGCUGCACUUAAACUGAGGACAAGAGAGACAGGGAGCAGCGAUGGCUUUUUAAAGACUAUGGAACAUUGCUUAGGAGCAUCACUGGAACUCACCACACAGUCACUGGAAGGAUCUCAUUUAUUUAAUAACUUUAUACAGAAAAGUAUUUAUAAUUUUAAACAAAAUGUGAUUUUAUUUUCCUUUCUUCAGGACUGACUGCUCAAGGUUUGGUUUGGUUUUUUUGUGAUAUCCAUAGGAGCAACAGCACCUUUUCACCAACCCUCACAGUUGACAUUGGCAACUGUUUUUGGCCUAGUCUGGAUUUGUGAGGCGCUGGAGAUUUCAGGGAAAGCACCUUCUCUCAUGGGGACCAAUGUGGAAUCAUGUAUAUUUGAGCCUUCAGGAGUUGACUGUGGAGAAUGUUCCCUCCAACUGGGUAUCGUACAGUGCUCCCCAAUCUUUUCAACAUCCUCCACCCUACCGUGUCUCUCACUGGGGACAGUUAAUUAUGCAAAUUAGACUCUGUACACCCCACUUGCCCACCUUUUCAGCAGUUGAGGUGGAGUCCAACCACCAUCCCCAUCUAUGGCAGAAGAAAACUGUUAAGACUAGAUGCGCUACAGGAUCACGUGAUCACUUUAAAUUAUGGGAUGGUAGAAAGUGUUACAGUCUCACUUCCAGCAUUUGAAAGGUGGCGUUAUCUCAAGCCUACCCUCCCUUUUUCAUGCCAGGAGUGCAGGAGAACAGAGAAGCUCUUCACCUCCUGGUGUCUCCUAACUCCUCCUUUAUUUAUUAGUUGCAUGGAUCCUGCUUUGAUUAAAGAUUUUAAAACAGCAGGAUAGUGUCCAGGUAGCUCCCGCUGAGCAGCGACCAAUAUCACAACGGCACCCUGCAGUUGCUGUGCUUUGCAGUCUCUUCUGAGGGCAGGCUUGAGCAUCGUUGAUAGAGCUGUGUGGGAAAUGCUUGGCUCUAACUCCUCAUCAGCACUUCCUUCCUGGCUAGCUUCAGCAACAGAACGGGCAGAAUCUUUCUGCAGGGUCUGCUACUUACUCCGGCUUCCUGUUUUGUUCUCCCAGUGCCAUGAGUUUGUAUCUGUUUGUGCUUAGCCCUGGCUACCUACCAGUUAUUGUUCUGCUUGAGCGUUCAGUUAAGUGGAUCAUCUUUUGUCAGGCAGCUGUCAAUGGGACAGUCCACUUAUUUUUCAGUCAGAGAUCCAACCUCUUGUAGCCCUGGUGCCUGGCUGGCCUUACUAUUUGCAAUGAGUUCCCUUGUGGCUUGGAGUUCUCUUCUGACUCAGCUGCCAGAAGAGGAAAUGAGGUUGUGUGUGUAUUGGUGGGGGGGAGUCAAAGUACCAGAUUUUUCUUCCUGCCCAUUAGCUCUGCUUCUCCUCAGCAUUAGGAUUUCUCACUCCUCAGCAAUGGGUGUGGGCCAGUGACCACUGGCUGGACCAUAAGGCCCCUUGCUUGUUCCUGUGAAAGGCUGGCUCUGUUCAGCAUGCCUUCCUCCCCUUGCAACACUUGAAUGUAUGGUGCUAAGUCCUAGGAGUAACUAGCUGCCUUACAGCACCUGAUGUUCUUACUGGCACUCGUUCAACAAGGGAGUACCACUGACUGCCCUGUCCUGGUGACUUCAGUAGGUUUACUCACAUGUUGGAAGUUAGGCUUAUGCUUAAGUACCUUGUUUGAACUGGGACCAUAAUGAUCUAGCUGCCCUUUCCCCUACCCUUAUUUCAGCAUCGUGGCUCUCUUGUAAGCCAUAAUCCAGUAUUUCAUGUUCUAGCCCUAUAGCUACUAUGGAAGUGUUUCUUGCCAUCAGCAGAGUGGACACUCCAGUCCUUCUUUCUUCUGGAUUUUGCUGCUGGAUAGGGUUCAGCCUGACCACGCUACAUUCCCCCAGUUCCUUGUUUUAACCCGUAUAUUUAUUUACACACACCUCCCCCUCAAUGAAUACCCUACACUGCAUCACUGAUUUAGCGUCCGUGCCUUUUGAGGUGCUUAGAGGCAGGCACGUUCCAUCUCUCCAGGGAGUUUAUCUCCAGCAGACAUCUCAGCUGUUUGCUUGAGAUUCAGGGUCUUUCCUAACCCAAGGGAGCAGAGAGCUUGAUGUUGAGGGAAGGGAAAGGAUGUGGCACAGGCAAAUCAAGGCCCUCCUAGUGCUAGUUUAACUAGUAUAAUACAUAGCACUUCACAGCCUCCAAGUGCUGGGUGAGCAAAGUGGACUCUCUUUUUUUUUUCUCUCUGCUUCUCCUGGGCUCUGGCUACUUUCCUACUGGAGAAAAACGUGCUGCUACUUUUGUUGUGUAUCCUCUGCAGUUGUAUUGCAUUAAUUCUCCCAACAAGGCUAGGGUGUGACAGAUGGAAGAAUCUGAACAGAGCUGGUUGCAAUUAAAAGGUCACUUCUGAGGAAGGCUUUUUCUUGAUUUUUGUUUUGUUUUUCUUCUGACCUCUUUUUCAAGCAGAAUCGCCCAAUACAAUCCACAUUUGACUCUGCCUUCCCACCUCAUUUCUGUUGGGUUCUAUCUCUCUAGCCAUCCCCACCCAAAGAAGAUUCUCUCUGCAAGGAGGAAGGUACGGCAGACUUGCAUUACUAGGGCUUGAGUAACCUGUUAGGAAUAAACAAAGGCAUUGAAAUGUGAAUCACCUAGCUCCUUUUCGCUACUGCUUGACUAGGAGUUUUGCUCUGAUCAGCUUGGGGGGGCCCUCUCCUGCUCCCACUGAAGUCAGUAGUUCUGUUGAUCUGAGUAGGAGCAGGCAUUUAGUUUGUAUCCUUGGGAAGUUACAGCCCUCUGCAACCUGAGUCUUUCAAACAUGUUUCUGAGCUGCAGCAGGGCUGUGUGUGUUCAUGUGCUGUCUGAAAACCAGCUCCACCAGAUGGCAUUGCCAGAAGAGGAUAAAGGAGGAGCAGCAAAGCGAUGGCAUAGCUAGGGUAAAAGAAUCAGCUGUCUUGCAUCCCAGCUCGAUAGCUAUAGCCUGUCUGGUCUCCUGUUUCCAUAAGUCUCUCUUGAAAGGCAGAUGCUGCAGGAGGUGAGAAGUAUCCAAACAAGAAGGGCCUCCUCGUUACCCUCUUGGAAGGAAUUUGCUGCCUAAAUAUGAGGCAGUGCUGUGAGUCACCUGCUCUGGCUCUCUGAAGUAAUUCCUGCUCAUGCCUGGCUUCUUGGUAGUGAAUGCAGUGGUAGUUCUGCAGCCUUAGGGUAGAUGUGUGCAACCCAACAGUGCGGUAAGGGAUUGCUUAAGAAUUGCUAAGGAAGCAGUCACUGGUUUCUGCCUUUGAAGACAAAGCACUCUUGCAUAUAUUUCCUCCUAGCAUAACAGCCAACAUGGAUCUGAAUUCUUCCCCUCUUCCUUCAAAAGUCAAUACUUGAGAAUUACUGCAACCCUGGGUAGUGCUUUGCUGUUCUGGGUUGUUUUUUUUUUUAAACACAAUGCAGCUAGAACAUCUUGGUUGAGGAGUGUAUUUUGGGGGUGGGGGCAGAGGAGGAGAACGUGUUUAACAGUAAAGCUUGUUUGUUGAUUGUUUUGAUUAAAAGGAGGGCAAGAUGUGACAGCGUCUUUGUCAUUGGGAACUAGUGGAAAAUCCUCUUCUGUGGAAAUUUUGAAAGCACUUUGCCUUUAAAGUGGUGCCUUUAGGUUUUUUUAAGGUGACCAUGGCUGUUAACAUUUGUAGUUGCAUGCCAUCUGAUCCCCUCAUAACAGCCAUAAGGGCCCUCCAUACAGUUUCGGAACCCCGAUUGGGCCCUCAGGCCAAAAAGUUUGCCCACUCUUGGUGUAAUCCAUUGUUCCUUCUUAAGUGGAGUACUUUGCAUUUGUCCUUUUUGAAUUUCAUCGUAUUUACUUCAGACCAUUUCUCUAGAUCAUUCUGAAUUUGAAUCCUAUUCACCAAAGCACCCACAACCCCUCCCAGCUUGGUAUAGUUCACAAACUUUAUAAGUGCACUCUAUCUAAAUCAUUUGAUUAAGAUAUUGAACAGAAUCAGACCCAGAACUAAUCCCUGUGGGACCCACUUGAUAUGCCCUUCUAUCUUGAUUGUGAACCACCGAUAACUACUUUCUGGGAAUGGUUUUCCAAUUAGUUAUGCACUUACCUUUUGUGGCUCCAACUAGGUUAUAUUUCCCUAGUUUGUUUAUGAGAUGGUCAUGCGAGACAGUAUCAAAAGCUGCACUAAAGACAAGAUAUACCACAUCUACUGCUUCACCCCCCUUGUUACCCUGUCAAAGAAAGCUAUUACAUUGCUUUGACAUGAUUUGCUCUUGACAAUAAGGUGAAAAGUAACAGCAUGGAUUUAUCUUUAGUGUUUGCAAAUUGAUUGCUUAAUUAUUUGCUCCAUUAUCUUUCCGGGUACUGAAGUUAAGCUGACUGGUCUGUAAUUUGCUGGGUUGUUCUCAUUUCCCUUUUUAUAAAUGGGCAUUAUAUUUGCCCUUUUCCAGUCCUCUGGAAUCUCUUCCAUGAUUUUUCAAAGAUAAUUGUUAAUGGCUCUCAUCUCCUCAGUCAGCUCCUUGAGUAUUCUAGGAUGGAUUUCAUCAGGCCCUGGUGACAUCUAACUUGUUCUUUCCCUAUUUUAGCCUCUGAUUCUAUGUCAUUUUCACUGGCAUUCACUGUGUUAGAUGUGCAAUUGCUACUAAUCUUUUUGGUGAAAACUGAAACAAAACAUUUAAUACUUCUGCCAUUUUCACACUUUCUGUUCCUGUUUUUCCCCCCUCAUUGAGUAAUGGACCUACCCUCUCCUUGGCCUUCCUCUUGCUUCUAAUGUAUUGUUUUCUUGUUCCCCUUUGUCUGUAGCUAGUUUAAUCUUUUGUGCCUUGGCCUGUUUAAUUUUAUCCCUACAUACUUGUUUGUUUAUAUUCAUUCUUCAUAAUUUGACCUAGUUUCCACUUUUUGUAGGACUCUUAUUUUGAGUUUCAAAUCAAUGACAAUCUCCUCGUAAAGCCAAGGUGUCCUCUUGCCAUGCUUCCAAUCAUUCCUAUGCAGUGGAAUAUUGUGCCCUUAAUGUCUCUUGAACUGUUUUUCCCCUUAGACUUGCUUCCCAUGGGAAUCUUACCUACCAACUCCAUGAAUUUGCUAAAGUCUGUCUUCUUGAAAUCCAUUAUCUUUAUUUUAAUUUUCCUUCCUACCAUUUCAUGAUCACUUUCACCUGUUGCCUUCCCCUUGUCAAGCAAAUCUAGAACAGCCUCUCCCCUCAUAGCCUAUAUGUCUGUCCCACAGUGCCUACAGUCUGAAAGGGGUACAUUUAUUUCUCUGUCCCAGAGAAAUAGCAUAGCUCUGUCUAUAGCUGGUAUUUAAAUAGCCCUAUUACUGUAGUAUGAUCAGCUCCUAUUCUUUAGUGUAUGCUCACAACAGCCCUGUGAAGAAGGGAAAUGCUAUUACCCUGCUUUACUGCUAGGAAGUCUGUACUGGACAGGGAAUUGAGUGCAGCUCUCUCAAGUCCCAGGCUUGUACACUAACCACUAGUUCUCUGUGCUGUCUUAAUAAAAAGGGGGCCCCAGAUUUAGUAAAAUUCUGCAGGGGCUUUUCAGCCAGUUUCCUUAUUUACCAAAUGGAUGGUUAGAGCAACAUGGUUUAGUAGACUGAGUACUGCUUGAGGAAGGUUGGGAGUUAUUUCCUCAACUGUUAGUGGCUCCCAGAGCAGCCACUAAGCUGCAAAGGAGCAGCUUGCAUGGGUACAGUGACACUUGUAUUUCUCAGUGAGAAGAGCAGCACUGACUUUUAAAGGCUGAAUUGUUUCCACAGAGGGGCCAAGACAAACUUGCACACCAAAACAGCAAUUUCAUGUGUUUUUAAACUAUUAAAGCUCACAUUUUAACAUGA